CCGUCCGAUACUUCCCCUCUCAUAAUCUCCACCGUUCGUUCAGUCCCUCUCCCACUAUGCCUUCCCCUCACUCUCCUCUUUCCUUCCUCUCUGAUUGGCAGGGUUCGCGGUUCGGUACCGAUCCGAUUGGCUCGUCUUCAGUGCAAAAAUCUCUGUUCUAUGGUUGCCCCUGAUUAAAUAACAUCACCCACACCUUCAUCGUGCUCCGAACCUUAUUCUCUUCCUUUCUUUCACCCUCUGAAACACUGAAACCUUUCCACGCCAAUCGGUUUUUCGGCGCCACUCCCACCGUUCCACUCUUCUUGCUAUUUACCCUUUCACACGUGUUACUCAACUCGCUUCUUAAUUCUCUCACGUUUUUUUUCAACCGAUCCACAUCGAGAAGUCAAAAGUUUCGUAACGGUUUCGGUGGGUGGGGGAGGGAGUGUUCAUGGAGGAACAUCGGAGCGCGGGCAGCAGGAUGAGUACGACGUUGUCGGACGUGGUGCUGGACUGCGUGAUGCCGUACAUCGAUGACCCGAAGGACAGGGACGCGAUCUCUCAGGUGUGCCGGCGGUGGUACGAGCUUGACUCGCUCACGCGGAAGCACGUCACGAUUGCUCUCUGCUACACCACCACGCCGGACCGCCUCCGCCGCCGUUUCCCGCAUCUUGAGUCGCUGAAGCUGAAGGGGAAGCCUAGGGCCGCCAUGUUCAACUUGAUACCGGAGGAUUGGGGAGGCUUCGUCACGCCUUGGGUUAAAGAGAUUUCCCAACACUUCGAUUGCUUGAAGUCACUCCACUUCCGACGUAUGAUUGUCAAAGAUUCCGAUCUUCAGCUUCUAGCACGUUCUCGGGGUCACAUCCUUCAAGCUCUUAAGCUCGAUAAGUGUUCUGGAUUCUCCACCGAUGGACUUUACUAUAUUGGUCGCUUUUGCAGGAAUUUAAGAAUCUUGUUUUUGGAGGAAAGUUCAGUUGUUGAGAAUGAUGGUGGCUGGCUCCAUGAGCUUGCUUUGAAUAAUACAGUUCUCGAGGCACUGAAUUUUUACUUGACAGAUAUUGCCAAUGUCAGAAUUGAGGACCUUGAACUUAUAGCCAAAAAUUGCCCCAACUUGGUCUCUGUGAAAAUUACUGAUUGUGAGAUCUUGGAUCUUGUGAACUUCUUUCGAUAUGCAUCUGCUCUAGAAGAAUUUUGUGGAGGUUCCUACAAUGAGGAACCGGAUAAGUACACUGCUGUAUCGUUACCUGCAAAAUUAACUCGAUUGGGUUUGACAUAUAUUGGAAAGAAUGAAAUGCGAAUAGUGUUCCCUUAUGCAGCCCUACUAAAAAAGUUGGAUCUUCUCUAUGCGAUGCUGGAUACAGAGGAUCAUUGUAUGUUAAUCCAAAGGUGCCCCAACUUGGAAGUCCUUGAGUCAAGGAAUGUAAUUGGAGACAGAGGAUUAGAAGUACUCGCUCGCUGUUGUAGGAGGCUAAAAAGACUAAGGAUUGAACGUGGUGAUGAUGAUCAAGGAAUGGAGGAUGAAGAAGGUGUUGUUUCCCAAAGAGGACUGAUUGCUUUGUCACAGGGCUGUCCAGAACUUGAAUACAUGGCUGUUUAUGUAUCGGACAUUACAAAUGCAUCUCUAGAACACAUUGGUACUCACUUGAAGAACCUAUGUGAUUUUCGCCUUGUCUUGCUAGACCGUGAAGAGAAAAUAACUGAUUUGCCACUUGACAACGGAGUGAGGGCUUUACUGAGGGGUUGUGACAAGCUAAGAAGAUUUGCUCUGUAUCUCAGACCUGGGGGAUUGACUGAUGUGGGCCUCGGUUACAUAGGGCAAUACAGCCCAAAUGUGAGAUGGAUGCUACUUGGUUAUGUGGGGGAGACUGAUGAAGGGCUUUUAGAGUUCUCUAAGGGUUGUCCCAGUCUUCAGAAACUUGAAAUGAGGGGGUGUUCCUUUUUUAGUGAGUAUGCACUAGCUGUUGCUGCAACGCGACUGACUUCUCUGAGGUAUCUAUGGGUGCAAGGGUAUGGAGCUUCCCCAUCUGGGCGUGAUCUUUUGGCAAUGGCUCGUCCCUACUGGAAUAUUGAGUUGAUUCCUUCUAGAGUUGUUGUUAAUAAUCAUGUGCAAGAGCCUGUAAUUGUUGAGCAUCCAGCUCAUAUUCUUGCAUAUUACUCCCUUGCUGGGCAAAGAACAGAUUUUCCAGAUACUGUUAUACCUUUGGAUCCCGCAGCAUAUGUUGACACGUAAAGUUGUAUAUACCAUUUUUUUUUUUUCCUAGUCUUUUUUUUCCCUUUCAAAUCUUGUAUGCAAGCGGUUGCUGUGUUUUGGUUAGAGUGUUUCAAUUUUCUCUGCAAUUCCUAGACAGCAGUGUUGUAAUAAGCUUGUUUUUUUUUGUAAUUCCGAUAUGUUUCUACCAACUCGUGCAGCUAGUUCCCUUGUGAAUAUAAAG